AUUUCCUCUGCCUUUGAAGGAAACCUUCUACAGCUUGGAGCGGGGAAUUUGUGUGUGCGCGCGCGUGUGCUUGUGAGGGCGUGUGCGCAGGGAAGGGGCUGUCCCAGGACUCUCUCUUCCUAGCCGCGGCCUCAGUGAUGCGGGGUGGCUCAGCGCGCCUUCACCCACCACAAAGUCGGGGGCAUUCUUCUCGCCCAAGGGUUGCGUCUCUGACCAGAUACCGAUUAAAUCCGCUUUCUCUGUGGGCUUGGGCAACCUCCCCAAGCGUGCUGGGGUCGGCGAGGACAGCAAAGCUUUCUGCUCAUCCAUGAGUCUGUGUGUCCACGCCUUAACUCACCCCAUAGGGGGCGGCGGCAGCGGCGGCGACAGUGACGGCACAAAGUGAUUUUGAACAGUCACCUUGAGGAUUGAUGGCUGGCAUGUCACGGCAGCCGCCCAGCAUGUACUGGUGUGUGGGGCCGGAGGGGUCAGCCAUGUAUCCAGAGCGCACCAUGGAGACCCAUAACGGUGCCGGGGGCAUGGGCAGCAAACCGUCCACGCCAGGUGGUGACUGCACAGUGCCGUCCCCCCAAACAGAGGGCAUCUACACCGCCUACAAGCAGAACAACCCCAGCAGGGCCCGGGACCUGAUCAGAGAGGCUUGUGACGAGAGCACAUCCCAGCAGGAAAAGGGUCAGCUUCUGAGCAUCUCUGCAGCCUACGGGGACCUGGAGACGGUGCGGUAUCUGCUCGCCCAGAGGCAGGUAGAGCUGCCCACAGAGCCCACCGACGACAACCCCGCCGUGGUAGCCGCACGCUUUGGGCACACCGCAGUUGUGCAGGAGCUUCUCGAGUCCCUAUCAGGUCCCUGCAGCCCCCGGCGGCUGCUGAACUGGAUGCUGGCCUUGGCUUGCCAGCAGGGCCACCUGGGGGUCGUCAAGCUCCUCGUCUUGACGCACGGGGCCGACCCAGAGAGCUACGCAGUCAGGAAGAACGAGUUCCCUGCCAUCACGCGCCUGCCCCUCUACGCGGCCAUCAAGUCAGGGAAUGAAGACGUUGCAAUAUUCCUGCUUCGUCAUGGGGCUUUUUUCUGCUCUUACAUCUUACUGGACAGCCCUGACACCAGCAAACAUCUCCUUAGGAAGUAUUUCAUGGAAACCAGUGCCCUGCCCAGUGGUUGUCCGGGAAAAGCGGCCCUUCGUGUGAAAUGGUCCCAUCUCAAGCUGCCCUGGGUGGACCUGGAUUGGCUGAUAGACAUCUCCUGCCAGAUCACAGAGCUGGACCUUUCUGCAAACUGCCUGGCUUCCCUCCCCUCAGUCAUCCCGUGGGGGCUCAUCAACCUCCGGAAGCUGAACCUGGCUGACAACCACCUGGGGGAGCUGCCGGGCGUGCAGUCCUCGGAUGAGAUCAUCUGCUCCAGGCUCCUGGAAAUCGACAUUUCCGGUAAUAAGCUGUUCCACCUCCCUCCGGGAUUUUUGCACCUCUCCAAACUUCAGAAACUGACAGCUUCAAAAAAUUAUUUAGAAAAACUAUUUGAGGAAGAAAAUGCCACUAACUGGAUUGGUUUGCGGAAACUACAGGAACUGGAUGUAUCUGACAAUAAAUUGACAGAACUCCCUGCACUUUUCCUUCAUUCCUUCAAGUCACUCACUUUUCUGAAUGUCUCCAGAAACAACCUGAAAGCGUUUCCAGACCCCUGGGCCUGCCCUUUGAAAUGUUGUAAAACGUCCAGAAAUGCCCUGGAGUUUCUGCCAGACAAAAUGGCUAUUUUUUGGAAAAAUCAUCUCAAGGAUGUGGAUUUUUCAGAAAACGCACUAAAAGAAGUUCCCCUGGGGCUUUUCCAGCUUGAUGCCCUGAUGUUCUUGAGGCUACAGGGAAACCAGCUGGGGGCACUUCCACCUCAGGAUAAGUGGACCUGCAGGCAGCUCAAAACCCUGGAUCUCUCCAGAAACCAACUUGGAAAAAGUGAAGAUGGACUUAAAACAAAGCGUAUUUCCUUUUUCACCACCAGAGGCCGCCAGCGUUCAGGGACUGAGACAGGCUGUGUGCUGGAAUUCCCGGCCUUCCUCAGUGAAUCUCUGGAAGUCCUGUGUCUGAAUGACAACCACCUGGAUGCGGUCCCCCCAUCGGUUUGCCUGCUGAAAAACUUAUCAGAGCUCUACCUGGGCAACAAUCCUGGCCUCCGGGAGCUUCCUCAGGAGCUGGGGCAGCUGGGGAACCUUUGGCAGCUGGACGUUGAGGACCUGCACAUCACCAACGUGCCUGCAGAGAUCCAGAAAGAGGGCCCCAAAGCAAUGCUGUCCUACCUGCGUGCUCAGCUGCGGAAGGCGGAGAGGUGCAAGCUGAUGAAGAUGAUCAUUGUGGGUCCCCCGCGCCAGGGCAAGUCCACCCUCCUGGAGAUCUUACAGACGGGGAGGGCCCCCCAGGUGGUGCACGGCGAGGCCACCAUCAGAACCACCAAGUGGGAGCUCCAGAGACCGGCUGGCUCGAGAGCCAAGGUUGAGUCUGUGGAGUUCAACGUCUGGGACAUUGGUGGCCCAGCCAGCAUGGCCACGGUCAACCAGUGCUUCUUCACGGACAAGGCCUUGUACGUGGUGGUGUGGAACCUGGCGCUGGGCGAGGAAGCUGUGGCCAGCCUCCAGUUCUGGCUGUUGAACAUUGAGGCCAAGGCCCCAAACGCAGUGGUGUUGGUGGUAGGAACACACCUGGACUUAAUCGAAACCAAAUUCCGAGUAGAGAGGAUCGCGACGCUCCGUGCCUACGUUCUGGCACUCUGCCGCUCGCCCUCGGGGGCCAGAGCCACAGGCUUCCCAGACAUCACCAACAGGCACUUACAUGAACUUUCUUGUAAGAGCCUGGAGGGCCAGGAGGGGCUGCGGCAGCUGAUCUUCCAUGUCACCUGCAGCAUGAAGGACGUAGGCAGCCCCAUCGGCUGCCAACGCCUUGCCGGUCGGCUGGUCCCCAAGAGCUACCUGAGUCUCCAGGAGGCCGUGCUGGCAGAGCAGCAGCAGCGCAGCCAGAGCGAUGCCGUCCAGUACCUGACAGACAGGCAGCUGGAGCAGCUGGUGGAGCAGACCCCUGGCAAUGACAUCAAGGACUACGAGGACCUUCAGUCUGCCAUCAGCUUCCUCAUUGAAACCGGCACCCUCUUGCACUUCCCGGACACAAGCCACGGCCUGCGGAACCUCUACUUCCUUGACCCCAUUUGGCUAUCCGAGUGCCUGCAGAGGAUUUUCAACAUCAGGGGCUCCAGGUCGGUGGCCAAGAACGGGGUGAUCCGCACGGAGGACCUCAGGAUGCUGCUGGUGGGCACUGGCUUCACGCAGCAGACCGAGGAACAGUACUUCCAGUUCCUGGCCAAGUUCGAGAUCGCCCUGCCGGUCGCCAAUGACAGCUACCUGCUGCCACACCUCCUUCCCUCCAAGCCUGGCCUAGACACCCACAGCAUGCGCCAUCCCACGGCCAACACCAUCAAGAGGGUGUUUAAGAUGAGCUUCGUUCCCGUCGGCUUCUGGCAGAGGUUUAUAGCGCGGAUGCUGAUCAGCUUGGCAGAGAUGGACCUCCAGCUUUUUGAAAACAAGAAGAAUACUAAAAGCAGGAGCAGAAGAGUGACCAUUUACAGCUUUACAGGAAACCAGAGAAAUCGCUGCAGCACAUUCAGAGUGAAAAGAAAUCACACCAUCUAUUGGCAGGAAGGGCUCCUGGUCACUUUUGACGGGGGUGACCUCAGUGUUGAGUCCUCUGACGUAAACUGGAAAAAGAAAAAAAGCGGAGGGAUAAAAAUCAUCUGCCAGUCAGAAAUGAGGGACUUCUCUGCAAUGGCUUUCAUCACGGAUCAUGUCAACUCCUUGAUUGAUCAGUGGUUUCCCGCCCUGACGGCCACAGAGAGUGAUGGGACCCCCCUCAUGGAGCAGUACGUGCCCUGCCCGGUCUGCGAGGCGUCCUGGGCCCGGUGCGCUGCCCACACUGAGAAGGCAGAGGGCGUGCACUACUUCGACAUGGAAGACUGCGUGCUGACUGCCAUCGAGCAGGACUUCAUCUCCUGUCCCAGACACCCCGACCUCCCUGUGCCCCUGCAGGAGCUCGUGCCGGAGCUGUUCAUGACAGACUUCCCAGCCAGGCUCUUCCUAGAGAACAGCAAGCUGGAGCACAGCGAGGACGAGAGCAGCAUCCUUGGCCAGGGGGGCAGCGGCACCGUCAUCUACCGCGCUCAGUACCAGGGCCAGCCGGUGGCCGUGAAACGCUUCCAGAUCAAGAAAUUCAAGAACUUCGCCAAUGUUCCAGCAGACACCAUGCUGCGGCACCUGCGGGCCACGGAUGCCAUGAAGAACUUCUCAGAGUUCCGUCAGGAGGCCAGCAUGCUUCAUGCCCUGCAACACCCCUGCAUCGUCUCCCUCAUCGGCAUUAGCAUCCACCCGCUCGGCUUCGCGCUGGAGCUCGCCCCACUGGGCAGCCUCAACACUGUGCUGUCCGAGAACGCCAAAGACUCUUCCUUUAUGCCCCUGGGACAUAUGCUAACCCAAAAAAUAGCCUACCAGAUUGCCUCUGGGCUGGCCUACCUGCACAAGAAAAACAUCAUCUUCUGCGACUUGAAGUCAGACAACAUCCUGGUCUGGUCCCUGGACGUCAAGGAGCACAUCAACAUCAAAUUGUCUGACUACGGCAUCUCCCGCCAAUCGUUCCAUGAGGGUGCCCUGGGUGUGGAAGGCACGCCUGGCUACCAGGCCCCGGAAGUUAGGCCGCGCAUUGUGUAUGAUGAGAAGGUAGACAUGUUCUCCUACGGAAUGGUGCUCUACGAGUUGCUGUCAGGACAGCGGCCUGCACUGGGCCACCACCAGCUUCAGAUUUCCAAGAAGCUGUCUAAGGGCAUCCGCCCGGUGCUGGGGCAGCCAGAGGAAGUACAGUUCCACCGCCUCCAGGCACUCAUGAUGGAGUGCUGGGACACCAAGCCUGAGAAGCGACCCCUGGCCGUGUCCGUGGUGAGCCAGAUGAAGGACCCGACCUUCGCAGCCUUCAUGUACCUGCUGCCCUGUGGGAAGCAGACAUCUUUCUUCUCAUCCCAGGGCCAGGAGUACACCGUGGUGUUCUGGGAUGGGAAGGAGGAGACCAGGAACUACACGGUGGUGAACACAGAGAAGGGCCUUCUGGAAGUGCAGAGGAUGAGCUGUGCCGGGAUGAGACUGAGUUGCCAGCUCAAGGUCCAGAGCUCCCUGUGGACAGCAACCGAGGACCAGAAGAUCUACAUCUACAGCCUCAAGGGCAUGUGUCCUUUGAACAUACCCCAGAGGGCCCUGGACACUCCGGCCGUGGUCACCUGUUUCCUGGCAGUACCUGUUAUAAAAAAGAACUCCUACCUGGUGUUGGCAGGCCUGUCAGACGGGCUGGUGGCUGUGUUUCCCGUGACGCGGGGUGCCCCAGGCGACAGCUUCUGCUACCUGUGUUCCCACACGGCCAACAGGUCCAAGUUCAGCAUCUCGGACGAGGAUGCGCGGCAGAACCCCUACCCCGUGAAGGCUAUGGAAGUGGUCAACAGCGGCUCCGAGGUCUGGUACAGCAACGGGCCGGGCCUGCUGGUCAUCGACUGCACCGCCCUGGAAAUCCGCCGACGGCUGGAGCCCUAUUCUGCCCCGUCGGUGGUCACCUCCAUCGUGUGCAGCUCCGAGUGCAGGGGUGAGGAGGUGGUCUGGUGCUUGGACGACAAGGCCAACUCUUUGGUCAUGUACCACUCGGCCACCUACCAGCUGUGCGCCCGGUACUUCUGUGGAGACCCCAACCCCCUGCGGGACAUGUUCCCGGUCCGCCCCGCAGGCCCGGAUUCCCCCGGCUGCCCCGCGGCAGGCCCGCAGGAGCUGGAGGGGGACGGCCUGGCGGAUGUGAGCAUCAUAUAUAGCAAGGAGCUUGGCACGCAGAUCCUGGCCCACCAGGACUCGCUGACUGACUACUGCUCCAUGUCCUCCUACUCCUCCUCCCCACCCCGCCGGGCCGCCUGGUCCCCCGCCAGCCUGCCCAGCUCCCCGGUGAGCUCUUCCAGCGUGCCCGUCUCCUCCACUGACUACGAGGACUUGGAUCAGCCGCACGAGCCUGGCGCUUGUUCGGAUCGAUCUGAGCAGGAGCUGAGCCCCGUGGACGGGGACGCCUUCAGUCAGCACCUGCAGGCCGUGAAGAUCCUUGCUGUGAGAGACCUCAUUUGGGUCCCCAGGCGUGGUGGAGAUGUUAUCAUCAUUGGCCUGGAGAAGGAGUCAGGCGCCCAGCGGGGCCGCGUCAUUGCCGUGUUGAAGGCCCGAGAACUGAACCCACACGGGGUGCUGGUGGAUGCGGCCGUGGUGGCGAAGGACACUGUGGUGUGUGGCUUUGAAAAUGAGAACUCAGAGUGGUGCCUGGCUGUCUGGAGGGCCUGGGGUGCCAGGGAGUUCGACAUUUUCUACCAGUCCUACGAAGAGCUGGGCCGCCUGGAGAACUACACACGCAAAAGAAGGUAGCUCCUGGGGAAGGCCAGCACGAGGCUGGCUGGCUGGGUGUAGCCUGACCACUCCAGCCAGGCCUGCAGCCCUCAGGGACCAGAAGAUGGACUGAGUUCUCCCAAACCGCCUGCUGCUGGGAGCUGCUGGGAAGCUACCAGCCAGGCGGGGGCUCAGGGUGGUCCAGUUCACUAGGGCAGAGUCUGCUGGGCAGCCCUGGCCUCCCCCGCCGCCGCCCCCCCGACCCCGUUCCUGGUUUUACAUCCCAAAGGGGAGAAGGUGGGAACUCGCCAGGGGUGCCACCACAGCCUCCCCCAGCCAGGGGCCUUGGGGAGGCCCUGCUCAGGACUGGGUCACAGCAGAGGGGGGCCCGGCCUUCAUAGCAUAGCUGGCCUGCCCAAUUUUGUCCCCCAGGUCUGGGAUGGAAUUACACUAGAGGCCCUCAAUCGGGUAGCGUUCAGGGCAGGGCAGGAGGAGGGCCAUGGCCCCUGCCCCUUUCCCUCCAUGGCCCCAGGGCUCUCAGCAUGGUUCACAAGACUCCUAUGUCCCCGGGGCCUGGGGGUCUGGCUCGGCAGUCUGAGAUCGGAUGUCCCUCGCUCCAGAGAGUACUGUGUGGGAAAGCCCCCAAUGGACCCUUGGCAGGAGCACUGCCCAACCCGCAGAUGAAUGCAUUCCUUUGACUGACACAGCCAGGAGGCCCAGAGGAGCCGGUGCCGGGGCCCCUCUCGGCUCUUUACAUUCUUCUCCAGCCACAAAAGGCACAAGCUCUUUGUAUACAAGAUAAAUGAGAACUCCGGAACGGGCCUGUGUUUAUAGCUUUGAAAAAUAAACUCGGAUGCAGCUGGAACACAA